AUGAAACCAACAGUGAAAGAACAGAUGAUGGAACUUAGAAUGGGUGAGGAUAGGUACACAGAGAAUGACAAAGAGCUGUGUGAAGAGCUCAAUAAGAGAUUCCAGGAGGUUUCCCGCACCUCACAAGCCUUCCUGCUCAGAAACUGCGCAGAAACAAGCCUUCCUGCGCAGAAACAAGCCCUCCUGCGCAGAAACAAGCCUUCCUGCGCAGAAACAAGCCUUCCUGCGCAGAAACAAGCCUUCCUGCGCAGAAACAAGCCCUCCUGCGCAGAAACAAGCCCUCCUGCGCAGAAACAAGCCCUCCUGCGCAGAAACAAGCCCUCCUGCGCAUUAACAAGCCAUCCUGCGCAGAAACAAGCCCUCCUGCGCAUUAACAAGCCAUCCUGCGCAGAAACAAGCCCUUCUGCGCAGAAACAAGCCCUCCUGCGCAGAAACAAGCCCUCCUGCGCAGAAACAAGCCCUCCUGCGCAGAAACAAGCCCUCCUGCGCAGAAACAAGCCCUCCUGCGCAGAUACAAGCCCUCCUGUGCAGAAACAAGCCCUCCUGCGCAGAAACAAGCCUUCCUGCGCAGAAACAAGCCUUCCUGCGCAGAAACAAGCCCUCCUGCGCAGAAACAAGCGUACCUGCACAGUAACAUUGCGCAACCUAUUUUGUGCCUCAGGUGAUUGA